AUGGCGGCAGCAGCGGUGAUGCUGCUAUUGUUUUUCGCCUCCUGCAUGCAUGCCGCCGUGUUCUGCGCGGCCGCGGGUUUCGACGAGGUGCCGACGGUGGCCUUCGACGCCGUGAGCAUCACCCUGGACCGCAGCACCGGCUCCGGCUUCAUCUCCAAGCGCUACUACCACCACGGGCUCUUCAGCGCGGACGUCAAGCUCCCCGCCGGCCACACGGCCGGCGUCGUCGUUGCCUUCUAUCUCUCCAACGGCGACGUCUUCGAGGCCACCCACGACGAGCUGGACUUCGAGUUCCUCGGCAACCGCGCGGGCCACCGGUGGCGGAUGCAGACCAACGUGUACGGCAACGGCAGCACGGCGCGCGGCCGGGAGGAGCGGUACGUGCUUCCCUUCGACCCCACCGCCGCGAAGCACAGGUUCUCCAUCCUCUGGUCCUCCAGUUCCGUCGUUUUCUACGUCGACGGCACCCCCGUCCGCGAGGCGCAGCACCGCCGUAGUCGCCGUCGUUUUACGGACGGCGGCAUGGGUCCCGACGGCGACGACAGUGACAUGGGCGCUGACUACCCGUCCAAGCCCAUGGCGGUGUACGUGACCAUCUGGGAUGGCUCCACCUGGGCCACCGAGAACGGCAAGCACACGGUGGACUACAGGCACGGGCCCUUCACCGCCGACUUCUCGGGGCUCGUGCUCCGCGGCUGCCCCGCCGACGCCACCGGCGCAGACAUCCGCCAGCUCCACCUCGGCGCUUCCACGCAGCGGUGCGCCACGGCGGAGUGGGAGCUGAUGACGGCGGAGUACGCGGUCAUGACGGCACGGAAGCGCGCGGACAUGCGGCGGUUCAGGCGGAGGCAGAUGGUGUACACGGUGUGCUACGACACGGACCGGUACCCGGCGGCGCUGCCGGAGUGCGAGGUGAACGCGGCGGAGCGGCAGAUGUUCGAGCGGUGGGGAGAGUCCAAGGCCUCGUUCCGCUCCCGGACGACUGCGCCGGCGCCGCUUGUGUCCAUGAUGCAGGCCGCCGACUGA